CAGCCUCAGAAGAGCCUGACUCGCAUGAUCCGGGGUAAGGGGCAGGGGUCUUGGCGAGCCAGACUCAUACUCAAGGGGUUCUCUCCACAGACUGCCACUCUGCGCCCCUACCUGAGCGCCGUCCGGGCCACCCUGCAAGCUGCUCUCUGCCUGGAGAAUUUCUCCUCCCAAGUUGUGGAACGGCACAACAAGCCAGAGGUGGAAGUCAGGAGUAGCAAAGAGCUGCUGUUGCAGCCGGUGACCAUCAGCAGGAAUGAGAAGGAGAAGGUUCUCAUCGAGGGCUCCAUCAACUCUGUCCGCGUCAGCAUCGCUGUGAAGCAGGCUGAUGAGAUCGAGAAGAUUUUGUGCCACAAAUUCAUGCGUUUCAUGAUGAUGCGGGCAGAGAACUUCUUCAUCCUUCGAAGGAAACCAGUGGAGGGCUACGACAUCAGCUUCCUGAUCACCAACUUCCACACGGAACAGAUGUACAAGCACAAAUUGGUGGACUUUGUGAUCCACUUCAUGGAGGAGAUCGACAAGGAGAUCAGCGAGAUGAAGCUCUCGGUCAACGCCCGCGCUCGCAUCGUGGCCGAGGAGUUCCUCAAGAAUCUUGUGGAUUCCUGUGGACGGUCCCCUGUGGGCGAACCUCAGAGGGAGUCGUUCGUGGGCCUGGGCAAGAAAGCUGCAUUGACCUACCUGGGCCACAUGUGCCUGUCACGCUGGCUUCUGAUGCUGUCCCCGCCCGAGGCCAGGACUGAGUUUCGACACCCGGAAACCCAGACUCUGCCUCCGUCUGCGGGGGAGGCCAGAGGCAUCGCUCCUCACCUGGCCAGCACCCCCGCCUCAACCUUCUUUGACCCUGUGGAAGCACUGCUGACGCCCUUGCAGCUCCUCAAGUUCUGCUGUGACAGUGGCCACCCAGCAUGGAUGGGGACAGAGCUGGAUGGGUGCACGGCUCCAAUGACACAUCCCUUUCCCCAUCUCCGCACGACACGACUCGGGGACCUGAAUGGUGGCAGGUGCAAAGUGCGCAGUGGUCCCUCUGCACGCGGGCUCGCCUCCCUGGGUGAUGCCCCGGUGCCCAAGGGUGAGACUGAAGUCUGGGAUGGGGCAUGA